AUGAAAAAAAUAUUUUCAAAAGCACUCAUCAACGCAUAUUCUCGUAAUCAACCUUAUCCUCUCCGUUCGAUUUUACAGGGCUCUUCUACGACUAGUACUCAAAAAUUCAUUAAUUUAACAUCGACUCGAAAUAUCAUGAAGCUGAUUGAUAUCGGAGUAAAUUUAUGUGAUGACAUGUUUAAAGGAAUUUACAAUGGAAAAACAGCACAUGAAUCCGACAUUGAACAAGUGAUUCAGAGAGCCAUUGAUAAACACAUCGAUAAGAUGAUGAUUACUGGCACAUGUAUGCAAGAUAUUCAUGAAGCUAUUGAAUUGAUUGAAAAAUUAAAAGAUAAAUUUCCAAAUAGAUUAUAUGUCACUGUCGGAGUGCAUCCGACGAGAUGUUCAGAGUUUACAGAACAAAAUGAUAUUCAGCAUCGGAAUGAAUUGUUGGAAAUUAUUAGGAGACAUAAGGAAAUUGUAGUUGCCGUAGGAGAAUGUGGCUUAGAUUAUGAUCGUUUGCAAUUUUGCGACAAGGAACACCAAAAAAAGUAUUUUGAAUUUCAGCUUGAAAUUGCAAAAAAAACCAAAUUGCCACUCUUUUUACACAACAGAAAAUCGACACAUGACUUGUGUGAAAUUUUAAAGAGACAUAUUGAUGAGUUGGGUUUAUUUGUUGUUCAUAGUUUUGAUGGUAGUGUGGAGGAGCUAAAAGAACUGCUUUCUCUUGGAGAAAGGGUUUACAUUGGGAUUAAUGGAUGCUCCUUGAAAACAGAGGAAAAUCUACAAGUGGUUAAGGAAAUUCCUCUCGACAGAUUAUGUAUUGAGACCGACUGCCCUUACUGUGAAAUUAGACAAAGUCAUGCAUGCUGGAAAUUACUUCAAGACAGCAACCCUUUUACUUUUGAGGCCAAAAAGAAAGAAAAGUUUGAAAAUGGCUUUCAUGUCAAAUCACGGAACGAACCUGACAAUUUGAUUAAUGUCUUGAAGGUAAUUGCAAAAAUUAAGCAAAUUUCAGAAGAGGAUCUUGCAGAAAUCACCUACAACAAUACCAUGAAAGUGUAUUUUCCUCACCUGCUCGAGCAGUGA